AUGGAGCAAGCAUCAUCAAGCUCAAAAGUCACAGGACUUCUACCUCGACUGCCCCUUCGAAACUUGCACUGGGAAUCACACGCUGGUCCCCUCCGUUCCAUAUCCUCCCUCCAUGUCGACCUCAUCAAACACAAUCCAGACUCCGGUCUAAAUGCACCAUCAGUGCCCCUUAACUCGAGUACAUCCGAUCUAUCGCGAGUAAGAAGUGCGGACUCUGGCGUCAGCGCAGAUGAUGGUUUUCGCACACAAGCAAUUGGCCAAGCUGGUGUUGACAAGCCUCCGACACUCUAUCGAUCCAGUACCACAAAUUCGGCCGUGAAAGUUCGCAGACAUCAAAUACCUGGGUUAAGGCAGACGCCUUAUUUGAAGAUUUUGUUUUUGCGCUGCGAUGAUAAUGAUACAUAUAAGUCUCACGGUCGGAAGCAGGUUCGAGAAUGGAUAAAGGAGCAUACCCCAUCAUCCGCAAGCAAAUCCACUUCGCAGGAAAAUCAUGACAAUUUUGAAUAUCUCAUUGUGCAUGUAAUCGUCCCGAAUACUGCAGCAGCUACGCAGCCUAGAACGAGUGGAAAAAAUGCGGAUGGUAGUUCGGGGUCCGCAAGUGAAAAAUCUACAGCACUUUGGAGAGGCGGUGGAUCAUCUACGAUUCUCGAGAAAUUGAGGGCAGAUUUCAAUGGCUCGACGAAGUCUGGUGUUGAUCGGAUUGCUCAGAUUCGCAUCGGUAUCAAUGAUGUUCCAUAUAACAUGCUCCCUCGUGUUGUACCAGCGAUCCCUGGCUCAUAUACCGAAACGCCGCAAGAGAAUGAGAAUGCUUGGAUUGAUCUUAUUUCGAAGCUCAAAUUCUUGAUACUGCAGUCUUUUGACAUGCGGGUAACCCAGUACGAGGAAAACAUUCGGGAAAAGGAUAGUCAAAGAAGUUUACCCGGCUGGAACUUCUGUACAUUUUUUGUACUUAAAGAAGGACUUGCGAGAGGAUUCGAAAGCGUGGGCUUGAUUGAAGAUGCUUUGGUGGGCUAUGAUGAGCUUUCUAUUGGCUUGGACACCAUUGUUAGACAUCAAGCCGCUGCAGAGUCCGGAACUCAACACGGUGGUUCUUUUCUGCCCUAUACCCAAGAGCUUAGACUCCAGACAGAGCGAGCUAGAGAGGCAAUAUUGAAAGAUAUAGGCUUGGAAGGUACAGAUUCAGAGAUUCCGAUUGAUCUACAUUCCAUGGGUGAGGCUUUCGAUAAGGAGGAGGAUGAGAUACCAAUUAACGCAUCCAAGAAGCGAUACCGAGAACUUAUUCUUGCGAAUGAUGUCUCAAUAUUUGACUUCCGUUGCUAUUUAUUUGCUCGUCAGUUAACUCUCUUACUGCGAUUGGCAAAUGCAUGGUUUACACAAGAAGAAUUACUUGCAAAGUUGAAAGAACAGAGGGAAUCAAGCCUACUAGGUGUAGCUGCCAGACUUCCAGCUUCACAACCGUCAGACGAUACUGAAAACCUUGCUGUGCUUGGUGAGAUCUGUAACCGAGCAAUGGAAUUUAUUCGUGCUAUAUCAAGUAUCAUGCGUGAGGAUAUUUGGAGUGCUUAUUUCCAAUCUCAAAAAGAAAUUUCGUACGAAAAGGCAAAAUCAGAUUUCAAGUCAGAUCCUGUAAUGAACCAAGUAAUCGAAAAUGUUGUUUCCUCUUUCACAUUUUCUCUUGCUCAGCAAAUACUUGCACAAACUUCAACAAAAGCGUUGCCUAUACCACCCUCAACAUUGGCGCCUCCUGGUGGUGGUGCCGAACCAAAAUCCGCAAUCCCCGAACCUAAAACCAUGAUGCAUCCUGCUAGGACGACCUCUCUCGCCCUUCGAUCAUCAUCUCGAGAGCCUCCAAGUCCCGGAUUAUUUCCUGGAGCUCGAAGAGCUAGCUCACCUGGUCCUAAUGCAGGUCCGUCAGCCUUCCUUAAAAACGGGCUGGAAGAACUUGCUGCCCACCGAGCUGAACUCUAUUUGCUCUCUCGAAGUGUUCUAGAACAUGUUGGUAAACAACGUGAAUGGACUACUGGUUGGGAGAAUGUAAACAAGCAUCAAGCCGAGGAUGUGGAAGCCAUGGAAGAGGUUAAUCUUGACGAGGAGGUGCCAUCAGACAAAGACGAAAUACUUGUCCCAAGCCAAGUGCCGCCUUCUUUACGCGGCAUUGACAGCAAGUGGCUGCGGACAGCACUAGACAAUAAAGAAGACUAUUAUCGCCUGUAUGAGACCCUGACCGAUAAAGCACUUCGGCAUUAUACCGUGGCAAAUCGCACCCAGUCUGUACAAACCAGCAUGGCAGAUUUGGCUAUCCUUAAAUUUCACUUGAAAGACUAUGCUGCUGCUGCCUCUUAUUUCUAUCGCAUUACUCCAUUCUACGGAGAUUCUUCAUGGACACAAGUUGAAGUAUCACUGCUAGUAAUGUACGCUAAGUGCCUUAAGGAGCUGAGUCGUAAUGACGAAUAUGUUAAAGUUGUGCUGAAACUUCUUGCGAGGGUGGCUAUGAUGGAGAAAGAAAAACUUACCAGAAAGUCAGCCUUUAAAUUCGGUUCAAUGAGCACUUUUGACGAAGGAGAUGUCGUGCUCAGUGAUACAUAUCUAAAUGAAUUGUUGUUAAUAACGCAAACCCUGUCUCGUGACAUUCAUGUCCCUCUGCAGGAUUACUUUAGCAGGAUAGAAGUAGAUGGGACUCCACAGUAUCAUAACAGCCAGGAUAGUUUUGGAUUAUAUCUUCGACUCCAGUACUUACUGAAAGAGGACUUUAAUAUCGACAAGGCUAGGGUGAGGAUUAUCCCGUUGAUGGGUGGUCCUGGUCGAGAAAUUUGGCUUGAGACAAACGCCGCAAUUAUGUUUAAAAAAGGAUGGAAUAAAUUAUGCGUUCAGAGUAAUAUUAUAAUCCCUGGCUCUUACCAAGUUACUCAUGUUAUUCUCCAUAGUAGCAAGAUUGUCAUGGAAUAUUCGCAUGAUAAUAUUGGGCAUAUCGCUACAAGAGACAGUAGCUUUUUCAAAUGCCCAAAGCUACUUAUUUAUCAACGCGCAGAAGCUUUCAAUGCCAAGCUCUUCUCUUCUAAGUGCAUGUAUCUAGACCAAAACCGUUCUCUAGAGAUUGAGCUGUCGUCGGGUUGGAAUAUUGUCACAAAUGGCCAACUUCAAAUUCGUGCAGCAACAGCUGGGCUGCGGCUUCAAACCAGUGAAGUCAAAGUUAUCGACGGAGAAGUCGAUAUCUCCAAAAAGCGAGAGGCAGGAGUUGUCCAUUUUGGUGCAAUGGAUGCGAAAACUAUCGCAAGAAUCCGAGUACCAUUCAAUCUCGAACAUGAGGUGAACGAAGUUAGUCUCCGACUCGAAUUAUCAUACACUACGAAAGAUGGAGACUUCUUCUUCGCCACAACCUCUUCGGUCUCGAUCAUGCUUCCAUUGGGCGUCAACGUUCAAGAUGUAUUUAAGCAUAGAGCAUUGUUUUCUAAGUUCACCAUCUCAACAUCUACAAAUAGCCCACUUCGACUCCUUAGCUCAAAACUUGAAAAGUCCGAAAUUUUUGAAGCGCAAUGUGGGCUUGGUCUGACAAGUCCUUUGACCAUAUUUGCCCGUCAACCAGCGUCUCUAUUGUACAAAAUUAUCAAGAGAAGAUCGCCCUCCACUCCAACUAGUCGAGGGAAGUCUCACAAGCCGAGAACUUUAUCUCUCAUAUUGCACUAUAUUUGUCUUGACGAAGAAGUUUAUGAUGUUGUCGCACAAGUUCUGGGAGAGUUCUUCGAGGGCAAUUCCUUACGACCAUAUACUCGCCUAAUACUACCAGUAAUCCUCGCGGAGAUUCGAACACAGUUUCAAGCAUAUGAUUUUGAAAGGGCAGCCAUACUCGGUGAGAUACCUACUUCUCCCAUUCUCAACAUCAGAUGGCAUGACCACUUUUCGGGUCUGGGCAACUCUAUCGAAGAAGAUCAAGACACUGCCGUUCUCAUUGGAAACAUACUCCAGGACUGGCAGAAACAAAACCCUGCCAUUAUUUUGCCGCCUCUUUCUAUCGAUAGUGAUGCCAUCUCGAAAAGCCGAUCUAUCGUAAUACCCGUAGAUGUUCCUUCAGUAACGGUGGUGCAUACUGCAGAUCUAAGGCUGCUUCAAACAGCAUCCAUAGCAUCUAGUUGUGCUGUAGCAGCAGCGAACGAACCAAUACCAGCAUCAUUACACCUAAAAUCGACAAGGAACUGGGAUACUGCCUAUCAAGAUGAUGUAGCAAGCCCAGAAGAAGAUUUAGAAUUCGUAUAUGAGGUUACAGGUCCGUCAGACACAUGGCUUAUCGGUGGUAAACGAAAAGGUCACUUUAAAGUGCCUAGAAGGAUAGAUGGCAAGAAUAAUAAGUUGACUUAUCCUAUUGUAUUGAUUCCCCUUCGAGAAGGGUUCUUACAAUAUCCUACGGUCGAAAUCAAAGCACUUCCUAGCACUAGAGGUGUCAGGCCAGGAUCAUCAGGUGGCGGAGAGGAAAGUGUUAAGAAUAAGUCACGCCCUGUCACUUGCGAGACUGACAGCAAGAAUACGGGCGAAACCAUUCGAAUCAUAAGUGAUGCUAGGAAGACGACCAUGAGUCUAGAUGCUAGUGGACCGCAAGGAGGUGCUUGGUUGUUGGAGAGUGAGAGAAGACCAGCAGGAGCUGGAGGUAUUGUGAUAGACUGA